CCAGGAAACCUUUUAAUAUUUUUGCUGCUUGCAUGCUGGAGGUCUCCGGGGCCGUCACACUGCAGCAGGUGCCAGAAGCCCAUAAAACACACACACAGACACACAACUCCACCAACCAUUCAAACACACAUUCAACAAUUGGAACAUACUCACACCCACACACACACACAGAAACUACACAAAAGUGCAAAGGCACAGACCAACCCUCUGUGAUCCCUGCAUUGUUGUUCUGUUCCAGCCGCUUUAAUUGGGGAUUUGCGCCGGGCUCUUGUCUUUCUCACUGGGACAAACUAAAAAUAACCUUCAGACCAGUUCCAGAAAACCCCCGGCAGAGAGAUUCAUGCUCUGCAUCCUGUGGCCCGUGGUCCUCGGCCGUUCACCUGUUGAGAUUCAUAUUUCCACCUGGAGUCUGCAUCACCACGUCUGUCACAGGUUCUCACUUUUGGCCGAAGGAUUCCGAAAUGUUGAGGGACGACAGAUGAGGAGAAACUGAAGAGAGGUGAGGCCGGAGAUUGUGUUUUGUUUGUUUGCCUGAUGGUACCAUGUGAUACCAUAUGGCUUGGAGGGAGGACGUGGUGUGAAUCAUGAAAGAACCCUUUAAAAUGGAUGGGUGCUAAGGGCAGAUCCAGGAACGCCUCUUGCACGACUACAACAGCGACUGUAAAGCUCCGCGUGGACAGUAACAACUUUAUGGACAUGCUGAAAAUAGCGCUGCACACAGUUACAACCUGCAGCAGCGGAGCAAACCACCAGGAAAUCCUAAAGGGGCAAGUUACUGAGGGAACUUGAUCCAAACACAGGACUUACCUCGAGUCGGAUUCCAACUUGACCUCCACUGGUUAUGAAAAUCUGCACAUCGAGACUGAAACGGCAGGGGGUAAGAUGUUUGUGGAGUCAGUGGUCCGAUGGGGGGCGUGGAGCGUCCUGCUCCAGUUGGGACUGGGCGGAGCUGCAGGAGUGUGUCCGUCCCGCUGUGUGUGUCGACCCGACGCCAGAGAAGUGAUCUGCUCCGGCAAACAUUUGAUUUCGGUGCCAGAGGGUUUUUCCGGUGACGCCAGGCGUUUGGACAUCUCCCACAAUAAGAUUAAGACGGUGGGACGGCGCCAGUUCUCUGGCCUCCUGCAACUUCAAGAGUUGGACCUCAGCGAUAACAUAAUCUCCAUGAUUGAGGUAGAGGCUUUCCAGAGUCUGCAGAGUCUCAGGACGCUGCGGAUUAAGAACAACCGACUGAAGAUCCUCCCGGUCGGGGUGUUCUCCGGCCUGUCCGGCCUGCGCCUUCUAGACUUAAGCCAGAAUGAGAUUCUGGUCUUCCUGGACUAUACCUUCAGAGAAAUGAUGAGCCUGCAAACGCUGGAGGCCGGAGAGAACGACUUAGUGUUCAUCUCGCAGAGGGCGUUCGUUGGUCUCCAGAAUCUGCAGGAGCUCAACAUAGAUCGCAGCAACCUGACGUCUCUGCCCACGGAGGCGCUGUCGCAGCUCCAGAGCCUGACACGUCUUCGGAUGCUGCGUCUGACCAUCACCACACUCCCCAACAACGCCUUCCGACGCCUCCACCGCCUGCGCAGCCUCCUGAUCGCUAACUGGCCGGCCCUGGACUCGAUAGCUAGCAACAGCCUGAUUGGUCUGAAUUUGACCUCGCUCGUCAUCAGCAGCUGCAACGUCAGCGCUGUUCCUUACUCAGCGCUCCGUCACCUGGUCUACCUGCGCUACCUGGACCUGUCCUACAACCCCAUCACGGCUAUCCAAGGGAAUCUGCUCGGGGACCUUCUGAGACUCCAGGAGCUCCACCUAGCAGGAGGGAGCCUGAUACGGAUCGACCCCGGGGCCUUCAGGGGCCUGGCCUACUUCCGCAUGCUCAACGUGACGUCCAAUCAGCUCAGCAGCUUGGAGGAGAGUGUCUUCCACUCCGUGGGGAACCUUCAGGUGCUGCGGUUGGAUGGGAAUCCUCUAGCAUGUGACUGCCGCCUUCUGUGGGUGGUCCGUCGCAGGUUACGCUUGAACUUUGACGGACAUCAGCCCACUUGUUCCUCCCCGGACUCGGUGAGGCAGCGUGAAUUCAGAGACUUCUCGGAGAAGGAGCUCCCGCGGCUGUUCACCUGCCGACCGGCUCGCAUCAUGGACCGCCGGCCGCAGGAGGCCCGGGUGGAGGAGGGCACCACGGUUCUGUUCUCCUGCAAAGCUGACGGGGAUCCGUUCCCAUCCAUCACCUGGAUCUCCUCCCACAAGAAUUUGGUUUCUGCAACAGGAAGGAUCAGAGUUUUGCCCAACGGCACGCUAGAAGUGCGUUUUGCCCAAGUACAGGACAGUGGUACGUACCAGUGCCUGGCCGGCAACGCGGCCGGGAACGACAGCCUGACCGUGGGCCUCUACGUGAAGGGCCUCCCCCGGAACCGAACCAUCCCUUUCUUCUCAGAGGAGGGCUGGGCGGAGCCUUCCAAUCCGCAAGCUGCCAACUCCUCGGCCCAGAUGGCGAAGCCGUACCCGUUCGACGCCAAGACGCUGAUCAUCGCCACCACCAUGGGCUUCCUGUCGUUCCUCAGCUCCGUGGCCAUUUGCUUCGUCUUCAUGUUCUUCUGGAGCCAGAGCAAAGGGCAGAUCAAACACAACGCAAAUAUCGACUUUGUUCCUCGGUCCUCCAUGGGCGGAGGAGGGGAGGGAGGUGAAGGUGGCAGGUUUACCAUGAAGCUAAUUUAAAGCCAAAGCAGAGGUCAGAGGGGUCUUCACAGUGUGUGUCAGGUCUUUGCUUCGUGCACCCCCCCCCCCGCUGGGACCCUCAGACACAGAGACCUCUGUUCCACGGCUCAUCAGUGCCAGUUUGUCCAGCUUCUAAUUUAAGAGCAGAACAUCUCAGCGCCCACUUGGCUGUGUUAUCUAACUGAUGAAUAUCUCAUGAUGCUGGAGUGGAGUGAUGUGAACAGACUGUGGAGCAGAGCGGUGUCAUGGCGGCUGAGCAACCUCUGAUUUGACAGGUCUCUCUCUCUCUCUCUCACUCUCUCUCUCUCUCUCUCUCUUUAUGCAGCAUGUAAUUCUCUUUUAACUUCACAGAUUUGGGGAUAAAACCAAGAGACUUUGAGUUCGACACAUGAAACUAACGUCUCUGAGUUAUUUAAACACAUCUGGUGCUUGUUUGUUUUUUCGUCCACAAGUCAAGUGAACAUUUUGCCCUUUUGACCCGAGUUGCUAUUUUCACUGUUCAGCAUCGGUUCUGAGACUUUAACUUUCAACAUGUGACUCUAAAGCUUUUGAUACCUGCAGUAAACACAUAGAGUCGACAAAUCAUUCUGGAUUCUCAAGUUUGUGGCGCAUUUUGGAAAAAUGUUCAAGCUUCGCAUUAUGUUUGAUUUACAGCUUGAUUUAAAUGAUUAUGUAAAGAUUAGUUAUUAAAAACCAUGAUACUCGUAGAAA